UGGGUAUAGGGGAAUAAGGAGAGGGGAGAGAGCUGAGGCAGCAGAGGCAGCAGCGGGAGGUAGCACAGCUCCUGCUGCGCCCUUCCUCCUGCCCUCCCUUAGUGCGUGGAACUUUUCCUUAAUUCACCUCACUUCACUCCAUCCCUGUCCACCCCUCUCUCUCCUUCCCCCAAGGAUUCCCCUUUUCCCCCAACAACAUGGAAGAAUUUUUGCAACGAGCCAAAUCCAAACUGAAUCGGAGCAAACGCUUGGAAAAAGUCCAUGUGGUUAUUGGACAUAAGACAUGUGAUCUGGAUUCACUUAUUUCUGCCUUCACCUAUGCUUACUUUCUAGACAAGGUCAGUCCCCCUGGUGUUCUGUGCUUGCCAGUGCUAAACAUACCAAGAACAGAAUUCAACUACUUCACUGAGACAAGGUUUAUUUUAGAAGAGCUAAAUAUCUCUGAAUCAUUUCACAUUUUCCGAGAUGAGAUUAAUCUACAUCAUCUAAAUGAGGAGGGGAAAUUGUCAUUAACACUUGUUAACAACAAUGUGCUGGCCAGUGAGGAUAAAACUUUAGAAUCUGCGGUUGUCAAAGUCAUUAAUCCAGCUGAACGAUGUGAUACGGGCUUUGAGUUCCAGGAGUCUUCUUCCUCCCUUGUGGCAAAAGAGAUUCUUCGGGAGGCCCCUGAGUUAGUCACUGAACAACUGGCUCAUCUCCUCAGAGGGAGUAUUAUUUUCAACUGGAUGUCCAUGGAAUCUGAGAAGAUGUCAGAGAAACAAGAAGAAAUUCUUUCCAUUCUAGAAGAGAAAUUUCCAGAUUUGCCUCCAAGAGAAGACAUUAUCAGUGUUCUGCAAGAGACCCAAUGCAAUGCUCAGGGCUUAAGUAUUGAACAGACAAUGCUGAAGGAUCUGAAGGAACUGUCAGAUGGAGAAAUAAAAGUAGCAAUUAGUACUGUGUACAUGACCCUUGAGGACUGUAUGUUUCAUAGAAACAUUGCCACUGAUCUGAAGAUUUUUACCGAAAAGUAUGGCUUUGAUGUACUCAUCCUUUUGGCCACUUACUUAUCAGAUGACCAACAGACAAAACGUCAAAUAGCUGUAUAUUCAGAAAACGUGGAGUUGUGCAAUCAGAUCUGCUGUGAACUGGAAGAGUGUCAGAAUCCUUGCUUGGAGCUGGAGCCCUUUGAAUGUGGCUGUGAUGAGAUCCUGGUGUAUCAGCAGGAGGACCCUAUGAUAACUUCUGAUCAGAUGGUUCUCCUUGUCAAGGAAGUCAUUAACAGGAGGUGUUCAGAAAUGGUCUCCAACAGCCGGACAUCCUCCACUGAAGCUGUGGCUGGGAGUGCACCACUUUCUCAGGGAUCUUCUGGCAUCAUGGAGUUGUAUGGCUCUGAUGUAGAACCACAGCCCAGCUGUGUGAAUUUCAUAGAAAACCCUCAAGACCUUAAUGGCUCCAUCCCAGCUCAGGUGGAUGUCAAUGUAGACCUUGUGAGCCCUGAUAGUGGGUUGGCAACCAUUCGGAGUAGCCGUUCUUCCAAGGAGAGCUCAGUUUUCCUAAGUGAUGACAGCCCAGUUGGUGAAGGUGCUGGGUCUCAUCAUAGCCUCCUCCCAGGGUUUGAGUCUUAUAGUCCCAUCCCUGAAGGAGCAAUAGCUGAGGAGCAUAAACCACAGUCUGGAGAAGAUGGUGAACAUUUUGAUCUUUUCAAUUUUGACCCAGCACCCAAUGUUUCCGUGCAAUCUCAGUCAUCUUCCCGUUCAGCUGACUAUUCCCCAGCAGAUGACUUCUUUCCCAACAGUGAUUCAUCAGAAGGACAGCCACCCACAGUGCCAAAGGGGCUUGAGGAGAUGAAUCUAUUAGGGAAUGACGUGGCUAAUUACUCAGCAGAUUUACUGAUGACAGUGGAUGAAAAAGAUAGCCUUCUGGAAUUUGAUGGGGAAUUUGCCCAGAAGCAAGAAAGCCCUGGGGACCUCUCAGAAAGAACUUUGAGCCUCACUGAUUUUGUGGGAGAUGACUCUCCUCCCUCUGAAAGGCUGAAAAGCAUUGGGACGAGAGUCCCACCAACUCCAAUGAACAGCUUUGUGGAAAGCUCACCACUCACAGAGGACCCAGCCUUGCUCUUCCCAGAAGACAUGCUUCAAAAAAUAAAUGACUUAGAUGGCACAGGGCCUACUCAAAUGCGUACGAGGUGCAGCAGCUGGUGGGGUGGUUUAGAAAUUGACUCCAAAAAUGCUGCCCUUCUGAACACUGACACAUGGAGUUCCAGUGAACAGGAAUCUGUCUUCCAGAGUCCUGAGUCCUGGAAAGAGCACAAAGCAAGCCCCAUUGAUAGGAGGGCCUCUGAUUCUGCGUAUCAGCAAAAGCAGUCAAGACAUGGUGAAUACCCAAAGCUGGAUCCCUGGGAGAGCCAACUUGAGCAAGAGACUGUGGGUAGCACGGAUACCCGCCACCAAAGUGAGGACGAUCCAGAACACCAGAAACUGCCUUCUGAGAAAUCAGAUCUAUCACAUGCUUCCCCCCAGGGAACAUGCCACUUGAUAGAAGACUUUGCUGCUGUGUGGCAGCCCAGCUCACCUUCUGCAAUGGAAAGAGAUCCAUGGGAGAAUCCUGCAAAUGAUAGUGGUGGACAUGUGGAUUCCGAGCCUUUCCCUACCUGGACUAAAUUUAGUAAAGAAGACAGCACCAGUGCUCUGAAAAAGGCCUGGAAUGUGCAUCAGAUGGACAGAAAUCUGCCUCCCAAAAGGGACCAUGAUGAGUGGGCUGUGGCAAAGAAAGACUUUUCUUUUUCUGCAGAUUUCCCAUCAGAGAAUUUGCCCCAAACUCCAAAUAAUCAAGUGACUUCAGAAGCCUGGAAUGAGAGCAAAGGUGACACCAACAACAUGCACAUUGAGUCUGGGAAUCCUAGUCUUGAUCCUGACAUUAUAUGGAAUAAUUCCAAGCUGCUUAGGGAAAAUCAGGAUGGGUUUAAUGGUUCUGAGAUCAGGGAGAAAUCAUUUGAAAAGGUAAAUACCUGGAACUUGUAUGAAGAGAAUGAUAAGGAAGGAGCUCCAGCUCCCUGGGAAGAUUCUUUCUUAUCAUAUAGGUGCUCAGACUUUAGCACAUCCAAUGUCGGUGAAGAUUUAGUUGCUUCUGAAUUAGAUACUAACUAUUCUACAUCAGACUCAUAUAUAUCACCUACGUUUGUAGGGGAGGAGAAAGAAACCGAGGACAAAACUUUUGAUCAUGAUGUUAACAUAGCUGCACAGAAGACCUCACUGAAUAAGUCAGAUGAUGCUGAGAAUCUUUCUCAGCCAAUGGAGCCUCCAUCCUACAGAAACAGAAUUGGUUCAGGCCCCGGGACCCUAGAGAUGUGGACAACACAAACACCAAAUGAGAGCCAGAUUGUGACAGUUGAUUCAGAAACAAAUGUCCCUUCAAAUCCACAUAAAGAUUUGCUCAAGUUAGAAUGCCCAGAUAUUAAAAAUCUCUCGGCUGAGGAUGAUGCUGGGGAAAGCAGCCAAUCUAGUUAUGAUGAUCCUAGAAUGAUGCAGAUGUAUAAUGAAACAAACCGACAACUGACCCUUAUGCAUAGUGGCACAGACCACAGGCAAGCAGCUCCUGAGAAUACUGACUCGUGGAAUAGAGUUAUCCUUGAGGACACACAAUCGACAGCAACUAUUUCAGAUCUAGAUAAUGAUUUAGACUGGGAUGACUGUAAUGGGGGAAUGGAGACUUCCAGAGAAGGGCAAAUCCAAGGAUACAUGCAUGAAGUCAUAGAACCAGAAACUCGAUUUUCAGUGAGGCAGCUAGAACCAUGGAGUGUUGAGAGUCAGGAAGACAUUCAAGUAGGAUGGGAGCACCAUAUGCCUUACAGUGCCUCUGAGGAAGGAAAAGAUGCCACCUUCAAUGAAUUAAAUUCAUUAACUGGGAAAAGUGGACAGCAAAUCUUUAGCAAUAUUUGGGAUACAGUCAUGAAAGAUGACAAUGUGUCAUCCUUAGUACUGCCUGACCCAUCACACAUUGUAGAUUCAGAUGAAAACAAAUCACCAUGGGGAACUUUGAGUUCCUCAGAAAAUGUUAAGGACAUCAACAUCCCAGAUAAGCUAGAAAUCUUAGAAAAUGAGCAGGAAGAAGCAUUUACACCUGUCACCCCUCUGGCUGAUUCUGUUAACCAGGAAACACAGGAAAGUACUUCAGUGAGCAAUGAAGGAUUCUUUGCAACAAGUCCUGAGAAAAAAGAACAUCCUGACCAUCUGGACAUAUGGAAGGACCAGAGUUAUAAACACAGUGAAGAUGAGAAUAACAUACAAGAAAAUAUUGAUAAAGAAUAUUUAGUUGAAGAGGAUACAAGAAGUUCUGAAGUAUAUAGUGCUUCAGGAAGUUCAGAAAGAGAAGAAGGUGACUCAGAACUCUAUUCUCCUGUUGCAUUUGAAAAUCAAGGGACUCAUGAUGACUCUGUUAAAACUAUCUCUCCUUCAGCUGCAUCUAGUUCCCAUACCAAUGAAAUCUCAGAGGAUCUAGUAGAACUCCAGGGCAAUACUACUAACCAAGGGACCAAUGAUGCACAAGCAAAAGCUUCUACAAAUAAUCUAAAGAUAAAUAAUGCCUGUGAGAAGCAUUUAGUGGAUCAGGGAAAUUCAGUUGACACUGCUAACAUUUUAUCUAUUCAGAAUCAAGCUGCAACAGAUCAUUCAUUAUCUGAAAUGAGUCUUGAGAAAAAUGAGACAUAUAAAAUUUUGGGAUUAGAGAGUGUAUCCAUAGAGAAAGUAGAUAAGGCACCUCUUCUUAAAAGUCCCCAGAGUCUUGACAUUUGGAAUGCAUAUGUAGGUGGUGACACUCAAUCCAAUGGAACAAGUCUUGAAAUAAAUGAAGACCGUGAAAUGAAAAGUAUUGAAAACCAUCUUGCUACAGGCCGUUUUCAAAUGGGAAAUGGUGAAGAUGAUGUUGUAUCCAGUGAGUACACACACUCGAGUGCAUCAAGCCCUGAUCUAAGUGAUCCAUCUGCUUCUAUACCCAGCUUGGGUGAUGUGAAGACCACAGACUCUCAGCAAAAGAAUCAAGAUGACUGGAGCACAGGGAAUAAUAAAGACUCUGAACUUGUUACCACUGAUGAUCAACCAGAAAUGGUACCUGAAGUAGGAGACUUACAGGGGAAAAUGAUGGAUGAAUUCCAAAAAGUUGUCAAUCAUAAAGUUCCUAAAACUUUAGAUAUCUGGAAUGCCCAAGCAGAGGAUGAUGACUCCCUCUCUUCUUUUUCAAGUCCUGAUGGAGGCAACACUCCUCAAAAUUCAGGAUCUCAGGAAGGAAGUUCAGCAGUUAGCUAUUACCAAAAAAAUGAGCAUGAAAUUCCUGAAACUGCACUCAAUAAUGAUACUAAGUCCAUUACAACAAGCUCAGGGAUUAAUAGCAACUCUAAUGGUGAGGAUAAAUUGGAAAAAGAAGUUCAUUUGAUCACUUCCCAAGCAGAUUUGCAGAAGGAUUCUAGGAUAUGGAAUAUAUUUAAUGAAAAAAAUGAAUGUUUGACUAUAGCUGGCCAUGAAAAUCAGGAAUUUUCUGAAUAUAGAGAUUCCUGGGAAACAACCAAAGGUGAGAGUCAAGGAAGUCCACCUUAUGAAGAUCAAAGCAGUCCUGAUCAUUGGAAUUUCUCACCUGUAAAUAAAAAUGAGGAACAGGCCAUUGGAUUUAGUGAGGAGGCAAAAUGUUCUCCAGAGAUGCUGAAGACUGAACAUGCAACUAAAGAGGCAUCGUUGCAAAUGUCUCCUAAAAAUGAGUCAGAAGUAAAGCCUAAAUCCACAGUGGAAACUCUUGGAUUUUCAGCUGAGAGAGCAGAAUGGUGGAACACCUUGCCCCAGAAAAAGAGCCCUGAAGAGAUGAAACCUUCUGACUCAGAUAGUGUUUUAGAAGAGACCUCUUCUGUAUGCCAAAAGGUGGAUCCAUGGAAUGCACCUAUUCAGGGUGAUCUUGAAUCCAAAGAAGCACUUCAUGUUGAUCCUUUCACAGAUGAAAACCAGCCACCCUUUCAAGGUGACAAUGAAGAAAGCUAUGAACCAUCUUGGAAUAUCCAACCAACUCAGAUGGUCUCAGAUUCUGUACAGAUAGAGCAGUUUGAUGAGUGUGUCCCAAGCCAAGAAGAAAAGGAUUUGAAAGAACAACCAUUCAUACCAACUGCUACUAAUGAGCUUGUGCCUGAGCCAUACUCAGAACAAUGUCAAGACAGAGUACUACCUGCUCUGGAUCAGCCAGAUUCAGAACUUACUAAUGCAAAUGACUCCAUUGCCAUCAGUCCUUCCUCUCAAAUGACAAUGAAAUCUAGUCCUGGAUGGAGUAGUUCCCCACCUGGUGGGGUUCCUCAAGAUACAUUUUUCCCAGAUAUUUUGCAUGAAAAUUUCCAAGAAGGUAGGCAGAUUAUCUCAGCCAUGCCUGACCUGUGGACUGACACUGAGCAGCCCCUCAGCCUGAAAGCAGACGGUGAAAAUCCAGACAUAUUGAAUCACUGUGACCAGGAGAGUAACUCCCAGUCUUCUACCAGUCCUGAUGUGUGUCAUGAAUAUGAAAUGAAGGAAGAGCCUGGGCAGCAUCUUGCCCAAGCUUCAGCCAGCCCUAGAGGUGAAGCUAGUGAGUUUUAUCUCACCAAAUCAGAGGGGAAUCAAGAAACUGCUCUGAUUCCUAGACAGACGUUUGCCAUUCACAAUGUGGAAAUGCAUCCUGAAAAACAAUUUUCCUUGCAUUCAGACAAUGAACAAGCAAAUGUUGACAGGCUAGUCUCUCCCAGAACUUCCUCUGAACCUUCUGAACUGGUUGGUGACAAUGAAGAGAACUUAGAAGAAUUCAAAAGUGAAACCACCCUAGAAAUAGCAUCAGGUUUAGAACCAGUGGAAAUGGAAGAUUUGGCUGUUGAAAACAUGGGAGCUUAUGCUAUCAUAACUUCCCAGGCACCAGCUAUUAUUAAGGUGAAUAGCUCUUGUAUAACAGGUGAUAUCUUUUCUGAAAGUAAAAAAGAUACAAAUGCCUUGAUUAGCAGUGAACAUCCUUUAAGUGGUGAGGAGCCAGACGCCAACAUUGGGAUCCUAACAGCCACAAGCCCUUUUUAUGAUAGAAAUGAGGCUAUUAAAGGACACAGUUUGAAUGGUGCAAUGAACACUUCAGAUGGAACAAUGAAGGACACGGAAAAAUCACCAUUAGAAGAGAACAACCCUGAAAACUCUACAGGAAGACAAACUAUCUGUCUCUCAGCAACCUCUUGGGGUGAUUUUGAAGAGAGCUCAAUGGUUACAAAUUUUGAUAAAGAAGCAAUAAAAGAGCCUGAACACUUCCAUUAUGGUGGCGAGGCUCUCCUGGAGGAGACUUCCACCAAACAUCCACUUGUGCCAUAUACGCCUCCCUUUGAUUUAUCAUUUCUCACAGAGGCACCCCAAAGCUCCAUGCAAGAGAAGGAAGUGCUCUCAGCUGAGGAACAGUCUUCUGACAGUGAAAUGGAAGAAUUACUGUUCCCUGCGCCACUGUGUAGAAAAGAUACCACAAGCCAUUCAGAGAAAAGAGACGGUAAGGCCAGGCACCAGUUGCUUGAAUUAUAUAUACGGGAAGAUCCUGAACCAACAUCCCUGCCAUUAGAAUCUGGUUCCAAUCUUGGGUCAGCUCUUUCUUCCAAUGAAGUAGAAUCACGUAAUUCUGAUUCACCAGCAGGUGGAGACAUGAGACCACCUAAUGGUGUUAUCCAAAACCCAUUAGACUUUGAAGUAGAAUUUGUUUCUAGCAAGGAUCCUGAGCUAAGAACAGGAAAUAAGGAAGACGCAUGUAUGGAGAUGAAUGAGGAUUCAAGUGCACUACAAAUGGAUUAUAUUCUUGUUGACCGUGAAGAAAAUUUCUCUGAAAGGAAGGUUACCCUUGAGCCAAGAGAAAGUAAAUCCCAAUUACAAGAAGUCAAUGUUGGAUCAGAACAAAUGGAGCUUCCAGGAGAGUUUUCAGCAUCCUCCCAGGAUAUAUUACAGUCAGUUGCAACAAAUGAAAGGAAAGGCCAGUCUGCAGUGGGACCUUUAAUAGAGAAUGGUUCUUACAUUGUGCUUCCAAGACUGGAAGGUGAAAGGAGACCUCUAGAAAGCCCUGGGCAAGACCCAAAUUGGAUGGUCUUAGGCCAAAGUGAGGUUUACAAUGCAUCAGCUGAAGAGAGUUCCAGACAAACAGAAACAGUGGCCUUGAGGUCUGGACAUUCUGUCAUGGCUGCAGAUCAGAUUCUGAGAGAAGCUGAACAGACUCAAGUCUGUGCAGAGACAAGAAACAGUAGUCCUCAUGAAUCUUCAAGAAUGGAUAAGUCCUCUUGCCAGGGCAGCCUGGCAAGGAAGAAUAAGAAUAAGAACGUAAGUGAGGCGGAUGGAGAUGCUCUUUUGCUAAAGGUGGUUGCCCAUGACAAUGAAUGGGAAAUGCUUUCACCGCAGAUUUCUGAAGGUAGUGUGGCCCCAGAAAAGGAUAUGGAGGAGGAGACAGAGUUUCUUGACUCCGAAACAACAGAACCGAGCCCAAGAGGAACACUAGCAGAUGAUGUAGGAAUGGAUAUCCCCUUUGAAGAGGAAGAGCUAAGUCCCAAUUCUGCAGACAUGAGACCUGAACCACCUAAUUCUCUGGAUCUUGAGGGCUCUCACCCCCGGAGGAUAAAACUCACAGCCCCAAAUAUCAACCUUUCUCUGGACCAGAGUGAAGGAUCUGUUCUCUCUGAUGAUAACCUAGAUAGCCCAGAUGAAAUUGACAUCAAUGUGGAUGACCUGGACACCCCUGAUGAAGCCGAUUCUUUUGAAUACACUGUCCAUGAGGACCCAGCAGCCCUCCAAGAUUCUGGCCAGGAGGCAGAGUCCAUCCCAGAAUACACUGCUGAGGAGGAGCGGGAGGACAAUCGAUUAUGGAGGACCGUCGUGAUCGGGGAACAGGAGCAAAGGAUUGACAUGAAAGUUAUAGAGCCUUACAAAAGAGUCAUUUCUCAUGGAGGAUACUAUGGGGACGGUCUAAAUGCCAUCAUUGUGUUUGCUGCCUGUUUUCUGCCAGACAGCAGUCGGGCUGAUUACCACUAUGUCAUGGAAAAUCUUUUCCUCUAUGUAAUAAGCACUUUGGAGCUGAUGGUAGCUGAAGAUUAUAUGAUAGUCUACUUGAAUGGAGCAACCCCAAGAAGGAAGAUGCCUGGACUAGGCUGGAUGAAAAAAUGUUAUCAGAUGAUUGACAGAAGGUUAAGGAAGAACUUGAAAUCAUUCAUCAUUGUUCACCCAUCUUGGUUCAUCAGAACAAUCCUUGCAGUGACACGACCUUUUAUAAGUUCAAAAUUCAGCAGCAAAAUACAAUACGUCAGCACUUUAUCAGAGCUCAGCGAGCUGAUCCCAAUGGAAUGUGUCCAUAUCCCAGAGAGUAUCAUCAAGUACGAUGAAGAGAAAUCUUAUAAGAGAAGUGUGAGACUGGAUGAAGAGCUGAGGGAAGCAUCUGAAAGAGCUAAAGCUAGCUGCCUUUCAAAUGAUCCAGAAAUGUCUUCUAUGGAGCAGGAUGUUGACAUGAAGCUGAAAGAAAAACUGUAGCUGGUGGGGGUUUGCAGGAGAAGAUGAUUCCUGAAUUGAAGCCCUUCUAAAACACAUCUACCUAGAAGAGAAGAGAUGACUGAUGACUCACUUUGCACUAUCUGGUGCCAUUGGAAACUUCAUGGUGGAGGUGGGGGGAAGCAGUGGUGAUUUUUUUUCAUUUAACCAUAGUUUUUAUGUAAUUGUGUGUGUGUCCAAUUAAGUUAUUAUCCUGUGAUCAUGAACCUCAUGUGCUCUUUAGUUAAACCCUCCCAAGAAAGUGGAGAGUUCCAUUUUUAUGCAUUGCUGACUGCAAUAUCUCUCACCUCCAUCACUACCCUCAACCUCUUAGAUAAGCCAGACAGGAGUAUUAAGAGAUAAGGCACUUUAAUUCCUCAGAUUACUUCUUUUCCUUCAUAAGCAUUUUAGACGAAGACGAUUUCAUGUCUUCCUCUGUUAUACUUAGCCCUAUCUACAAAGCUUUCCCUGCUCACAUUAGUCCAUAGGUCACAAUACAGGGUGUGGAAUCCUGAACUGCAUAGCUCAACAAUUAGUGAGCAUCCCUUAAAGGAACUUCCCAGAAAAAAAUUCUUGUUUGAACCCAAACCAAUUUUGUUUCUUAUUUGUCUCAUCUGACAGCUUUAUUUUUUCUUAAGAUGUGGUCUUUUAAAAAACUGUUCAUCGCACAGUGCCUAAGGAUGCAUUCUAAUGUUGGGGAAGGUGAAAUGCAACAUGUGCAUGGUUUUGCGGGUACUGUGGUAGCUUUAGUCCUUCAGUCUGGACCCUCAGCUUACUGUGGGUCCUGUUGUCUGAAAAUAUUAACAGCAUACAACAGCAAACACAGAAUAAGUGAACCACUCAUAAAAACAAAUCUGCUGUAAGAUUCUCUCCUUUGACUAUAGACUUAAAAUGUGCUCUUAUUUAUAAAAAAUAAUUCCUUCAUAUUUUAUUGACAUGUUCCAUUUUACACGGCAACUUUAUUUUGAAUUUGUAUUUUGAAUUUUAAUUUAAAUAUCAUGCACAUUUUUGUUUUGUUCAUUUGUAUUUAAGUAUGUAUUUACCCAAUAGAAUACAUGAGAAAACAUACCUAAAUUUAUUUUCUGUUUUUAUAAAUGAUAUAAAUCCCUUUUAUACCAUUUGAGAGUAAAAUGCAUAGUCUUUUGAAAAAAGAUGGCAAACUACUGAUCACAAAAAUGUUGGUCUGGCAGUAUUUAUUUACAUGGCCAAAAUGGAGGGUAUCCUUAAAAAGCCUUUAAUGUACAACAUUUGAUGCUAAUCUCACUUUUUUUCUGUAUAUGUGUUCUUAACUUCCAAUACUACCUAUCAUGUGUGGGCUAGAAUGAAUGAAAGUCAUGGAAAUAAAGAGUUUCUACCCCAGUACUGCUGUAAUUAAAGAAUUGAAGAGGAUUCCAGUUUUGAUGCCAUGGAAUGAUGGUUCUUUACCUUUUCUGGGAGAGACUUUUAGAAUCUCAAAUACUCAAAUGGAUCUAUGGUCACAUCAAUUUGGAAGUUCUCCUCCCCACCCCCAACCCUCACCAUAAUGAUGCCCAUCACAGUGCCUCUGUGGCUUCCCAUCCUGGACAACUUUUGUCCAGGUCCUCCCAUAAGUUUACUAUGGAGUUCUGCCCAACCUUUGGAUAUCAAAUUGAAUUUAACAGCCUCCUUUUUGCAACUUUUAUUCCUAACUUCUCUUUUCUCUAUAAUCAGCAGACUUUUCCUUUCUUAUCAUCUCUAGACUUUUCUGUCUUUUCCCAUUCCCUAGCCAAGACCUGUCAGUCCUGGUCCCUCAUUUUUUCCAAAUACUUUAGAUUCCAUACCCAACCCUACCUCACACCUCCAAAAAUUCCUGCCCUAGGAAGCACUGGCAAUCCCAGGCUAUUGUAUUUCAUAUCUGGAAACCAAGUACAAUUCUGGGGAGAUAAACUUGAAGACACAUAUAAAUUGGUAGAAGGCAGAGGUCAUUUCCAACUAAAGAAUAAGCUAAGAUCUCACCAUUGGACAUUGCUUUUGAUUCAUCCUGACGAUGUAUUUGAAAGAGCCCUUCUAAUCCACAGUUGUAGGCUUUUUCUUCACUGACUCUACCUUGGAUAUCUUUACAAGUCAGUGGCUUUCCUUGGGCUUCUCCAUUGCUUGCAUGCCAAUUCUGAUAUUUAGUUCUUUGCUUUUAUAUUCCACUAAAAAAAUAGACAAAUUAAUUCUGCUCUCUGGAAGAAAGGUACUGUGCAAAUUCAAUCCAAAAAAAUCCAAGGAGUUGAAAAUAAUACCUAAAUGUAUGGAUAUCUUAUACUGACCUUCACAUUCUGAUCAGUUUUGCUCUCUGGUUGACUUUUGGAAACUGCCUAGCACUUUACCUGUGAGUCAGUGAUUAAAAGAAUGGAAGAUUUGGGGGGGACAACAUUAUUGCCUUCAAAUGAUGCUGUUCCCCACAAAACACUUCCCUUAAAUGAACAAGUGGAAACGUUCGUGGCCUAGGCAAUCAGACAGUGAGAAACUUUGUUUGAAGGCAGCAGCUGGGUGUGGGGGGACAUCCUGAAGCUCCUAUUGAAGCCAUAUAAUGUUUAAAAAUAGGUUUGACAAUAAGACCUACCUGAAGGCUUAUUAGAAAGCCUGCUCAUAGGUCUCAUCUUUAAGAUAUCUUAAAUAUUCAACUAUGGUAAUAUGUUUGCAGUUAUAUCAACGCCUCUCAGUAGUUGAUUCACAUAGAAACACUUAGAAUUGCACAAAUUAAUCUUUUAUAUACAAAUGGGUUUUUCUACUAUGUAUCAGUUUGCUCAGAAUAAAGUAUAUCUAAACUAUUAGAUUUUGAUUUGGUAAAAUAUCUAUUUACGUGUAACAAUGCUGCCUAAAUUGUAUAGAAUAACCAAUACAGAAAUAUGUAAUAACAUUGUAUGUAUGGCCUCUAUAUAAUUCUGAAAUAAAAGCUAUAAUCUCAGA